AUGCCGACAGUUUCCCACACUUUGGGCCCAAGGUCACUACCAAAAAUCAGUACAAUAGAAAAUGGACCAAUCUCAUCUCUCCAACCGUACGGAACGCUGCUCUUCGCCUCUAGUAUUAUUGCCAUGGUGAUACUAGCCAACGUUCUCGAGCGAUGGCUGCUCCGAGCCAUCUACGGAAAGAUUUAUACAGACCUCCAGUUGCCCGGGAACGAAAAACGCCGUCGUUCUUUCACGUACUACCAUGUCGGCGCGAUUAACACCUUUGUCGUUCUCUGUGUCGGGUUCUACCCGGCCAUGAAAUUCAUUGCUGGAUCAGCAGUACUAUCGACGGACAUGGCGAAAGGCAGUCAAGUUCAAGUUGGCGACCUUCUUUUCAUCAUAGCCCAGAUGUACCCCGCAUACUACACUUUCGAGCUCUGCUACCGCACCCAAUUCGCAAGCCCUCUUGGCAUCGCCCACCACACCGGACUCAUAGCCAUCAUGCAAACGUCGCUGUUGCUGUUUAGUGACUGGGAAAAGCACCCAGAAGCUACCAUCGAGUUUUACAUGUGCAUGAUAUGGGGUGCCUUUGAUGCUGUUGUGGAAUUUCCCAUCUAUAUCUCCAUGAUUAUCUGGCGUGUCAAGCGUAACAACCACAAACUCCUGGCCUAUCUGACAGCCGGUCUCUGUGUCUGGGUAAUUGUCGGCGCGUCUACUGAGGUCGCUGUUACAAUAUAUCUCCUCCACAAGUCGUGGCAAAGAUGGGGAACUGUUUGGAAGUUCGUUACUCCUUUCGUCUUCUCACUAUGGAUCGCUACGCAGCUUUAUGGUGCCUCGAGACUGUUCGUUAUGUCGCAGUCAGAACGGCGCAAGUGUAACAUGGGAACGCUGCGAGAGACUGAGUCUGUCGUCGAGAUUAUUGGAAGAAUAAAAUCCAAAGAGGACACUGCUAGUAUGAGUUCGUAA